GCAGAGAGAAUUCGUUUAGAGAGUCGGAAAACCUAUCAUCGCCGCCUACUCCCGGCGAGUGAAGCUACACUGACCACACCGUUGGGGAGAGGAGGACGAGAGCCAGCGACCGACGUACAUCACACAUCCAAGGGGCUCUACUCCGAACCUCGGUUGGGAAUGUCUCUAUUUGUCCAAAAAGCUCCAUUUGACAUUUUCUUUACCGAGAAUGUUAGUUGUCUAAUGGAUGCAGUUACUUCAAUUUCUUCUGGAUGUUCUACGUAUAUAAAACUUAAUGACCGCCUGAUCCCUGUGAUGGAUUCCCUCCCGCGUGGCUCCACUCCACAAAUCUUUACUUUGCGAUGCCACGUUGAUGAUGAUGUUUUAUACUUGAUAUGUAGGUCAGAUAACUUGUAUAUUAUUGGUUUUUCUCACGACAACACCCACUAUUUUGAGUUUAGUGAUAAAAAGUCAUUCGAUGAAGCAACUGAUUUUCUUAGACUUUCACUAGCAAGAUAAAAUCAUAUUUUUUCAAAUUAUUUUGACAAUCUGGGAAAGUUCUUGGCUCGGUGGAUGAUUAUUUGGGGCUAGUCAGUGGUGGUCGUGUUGAUGAUCAUUGGGGAAUCCUCAAUUACUGUGUCAAUCGUCCCAAACUUGAGUUGCAUAAGGAUGAGACAUGCUAAAUGAUGCAAAUGGUGAACCGUGUGUUCCUUCAGAAGCUUUGAAGUCCAUUGAUAGUUUGAUUCGUUUUGACAAUCCCAAAAGUCGGCUCAGGUGGUUCUUAAGGUUUAUUUGCACAGAAGUCAAUUGAAAUCAGUAAUGACAUUUUGGCUACCUUCACAAAUCAAGGUGGUUAUGAUAUCCGGGGGAGAACGCAAGAUCAUUUUAGAACAACUGAGCAAGUAAAUGCUGCUUUGGCUGCUUUUACAUCCCUGAAAUUGAAUGGCCUUGUUAUUGUUGGAGGUGUAACAUCAAACACACACGCUGCUUAUCUUGCAGAAGCUUUUGCUGAAUCUAAAUGCCCAAGGCUGUUGGAGUUCCAUUAACAAUAAAUGAAGAUCUUAAGAACCAGUUUGUAGAGACAAAUGUUGGUUUCGAUACUAUAUGCAAGGGUUUGGUGAGGGGGUUGGCGUACACAAACCUUAUCCUACCUAGGAAGGUAGCAAGAUUGUUUUGAAAGACUCCAUCUCGAAAGGACAAAAGGGACAUGGAUUGGUGAAUUCCCAGCUCAUCCAAGGCUAUACUCAGGAGGGUUUCUGAGUGGACUUACUGCAAUAUUGAGGGCAAAGGGAUUGAAGAGGUCAGAGGUAGGAUUAUGAAGCUAAAUAAGAAAAAAAGACAGUACCUCAUCAGUGCUUAUGCCGCCACCUGCUAUAGCAUCUGGAAUGCUAGGAAUAAGCUAUUCCAUGAGAAUAAACAACUCCAAGAGGAGGAAAUGCUCAAAUGGAUCAAAUUUCUAGUGUCUACAUAUUGUGAAGGAAGAAGAAAGAGGAAGCGAAGGAUGAGUCUCAUUAGCAACGUCUGCACAGAUGCACUCUCAGCGGAGAAGUAUUACUACUUCAUCAGACUGAUGGGCCGAAAGGCAUCGCAUGUUGCGUUAGAAUGUACUCUGCAGUCCCAUCCAAAUAUGCUGCAUCAAAGCUCACACUUUUUGACAUCACACAACAAAUAAGUGAUGCAGUGCCAGGCUAGAGCUGAACAAGAUAAAUACCAUGGUGUUCUCCUAUUGGCUGAGGGUCUUAUUGAAAGUAUUCCUGCAGUACAUGCUCUACUAAAGGAAAUUCAUGGUGUGCUUAGACAAGGUGUUUGUGCUGAUAACAUUUCCUCUCAAUUGUAACUGUGGGCUUGUGCCCUUUUUGAAUUUCUGCCACCCUUCAUAAGAAACCAGCUCCUCUUGCAUCCCUAAUUAGAUGACUCGGCUCAGCUAUCUUAGAUGGAGACCGAGAAACUUCUAGUUUUUUGUGUUGAAGAAGAAAUGAACAAAAGAACCCUCUCCGAGAGUUUGGAGAUCAAGAUGGGGAAACUGAGACACAUCAUGAGACAUUGGAGGGGACGCAUCUCUACGAAUGAAAACUGGGUUGGAAUUGUAGACCAGUAAACAACACUCAACGCACAAUGUUUAUCUUUUUAUCUUGAUGCAGUGCUUAACAAAUACAAGGGGACUUGUCAUCAAGAUUAUGCUGCCUGUUGUCAUGCUUUACACCAUAGUGCAUUGCAUACAAAAUUUGAAACCGAUAUCCAGAGAGCAGCAGUGGAGCACUUUUCCAAAGUUUAUUCCGGCAUCCAUGAAGGGGCUAUGGGUGAUAUUUUGGACUAUAUUCCUACACUUGUUACUCAGGGUGACGAUGAUCUUAUCUGUCGACUUCCUUCAAUGGGGGAAACCAAAGAGGCUGUAUGGCUAUUAAGUCCUUCAAGCUCAGCUAGCCCGGAUGGCUUUAAUGGCUACUUCAUCAGGGAGGCUUGGGAUAUCACAAUGGUUGAUGUUUGCAAGGCUGACCAGGAGUUCUUUGUGGGAGUGCCCAUCCCCAAAGCUUUUGGAAGCACCCUUAUCACUUUGAUCCCAAAAACUGGUUCGGUUUCUUACUUUGAUCGCUUUAGACCCAUCUGCAUAUCUACUUUUUUCAGUAAAAUCAUUUCCAGGUUGCUUGUUGAAAGGAUGAAAAAGAUCGUUCCCAAGCUGAUUUCACAUGAACAGGCUGCCUUCCAGGAGGGCGUGGGGGAUUGAUGAACGCAUACUCAUGGCUAAAAGAGAUGCUCCAUCACCUAUCAUCAUCCGUGAGAGGAGGAAAUGGGAUGAUCAAGCUGGAUCUCACAAAGGCUUUUGAUAGAAUCUCUUGGCCUUACCUUGAAAAUGUCCUUGGCAGGUUUGGGUUCUCCAAUAAGGCAAUCAAGUUUUUCAUGGGCAAUGUGGAGGCAAAAAAGUGAACAAACUUCUCCAUCUUGAUUAAUGGGCAGUCUGGAUUUUUCCCAAUGAAAUGUGGAGUAAAGCAAGGAGACCCAUUGUCGCCACUGCUGUUCAUCCUGAGUACUGCAGGGCUUUCAAGAGCAAUCAACAACAUUCAAUAGAAUCUUAUCACCCCUUUUUAUGCUAUGCUGAUGACACUAUCCUAUUCACUAAUGGAGACAGUGGGAACUUGCUCAGUUGAAAAGGUUGCUCUAAAAUUACAUGUAGGCUUCAGGGCACAAAACCAACUAUUCUAAAAGCCAAGUGAUUGUUGAUAGAAAGAUGAGCAGGCAGAAAAGAGAGGCCAUUCAAAGGAUCAUGAGAAUCAAAUGUGGGAUAAGCCCCUUCAAAUACCUUGGUUCUCAAAUAGUCAAAGGGAAGCUCAACCAGGAUCUUUUACAACACUUUGAGAAAUAUAUUCACAGUUGGUAUAGCAAAAAAACUCAACCAGAUGGGUAGAUUAAUCCUAAUCAAACAUUUUCCUUUCCUCUAUCCCUAUACAUAUCAUUUCUGUGCAGCAACUCCCACUGUCUAUUAUCAAAACCUUAAACAGGUUGAUGGUUAAUUUUUAUUGGGGCAGCACUGAUGGGGCAAACUGGAAGAAAUGAGAUGAAAUUUGUUAUCCAACUGAUGAAGGAGGCCUGGGCUUGAGAAGUUUGUCCCAGUUACAAGUGGCAGCAAGCAUGAAGCUAUGGUGGAAAAUCACACAAGGAGGGUCUCAAUGGAGUGAUUUCAAAACCUGUGGCAACAUUAUGAAUAUGGCUUCACCCUCCAGCAGCAUCUCCUAAACUGGCGCCUUAGUUCAAACAAAAACAGCAUCAAAUGUAACCUCAGAAUGCUCGUCUUCAUUUGAUCUAUAUAUGGAAGUGUAAUAAUAAUAUCUUGUACGGCAAUGGCACAUUCUCCCCUUUCAUUAUCAUGCUCUCCGUCAACAAGCUUGGUCAAAGUUGGUGCUGGUCUUAUAAGGAAGAUACUACCUUUCUUUAUUUGAAUGAUGUACUUAGCUUUGGACUGUAUACAUUCCCUAGAAAUAGGUCCCCUAGAUGAACCUAUGUAUAUAGCUUUAGUUGGGGGCAUAUUUCCUUUGCUGUAUCUCUCCCACUUUUUCUACAUCAAUAAAACUUCCAUUUAUUU